AUGAAUGAUAAUGGGGAUUGGUUUGAGGGGGAGCCUAUGAAAAAUAUUAUCCUGCAGUAUUAUAAUCGUAUUUUCUCUGCUGGAACCCCUGGAACUGGGGAGGAUUUCUUUGAGGGAAUUGUCCCGCAAAUCACGCAGGCACAAAAUGAGUCUUUGUUGCAUUCAUUUGAACUGGAUGAGGUUAAGAGUGCAAUGUUUGCGAUGUUUCCGGACAAGAAAACCCCGGAGUAUGUCACUGAUUUGCGGCCUAUAGCCCUCAGUAAUGUGGUCUAUAGAGUUAUGGCAAAAAUGUUGGCUAAUAGAAUGAAGCCGUUAAUGGAAGGAGUAAUAUCUGAGUCACAAAGCGCAUUUAUCCCGGAUAGAUUGAUAACGGAUAAUAUACUAUUGGCUGCAGAGGUGAAUGGAUUAAGAUGUGAUCCUAUUAUACCCACUCGUGGAAUAAGGCAAGGGGAUCCUUUGUCUCCAUAUCUAUUUAUUAUUUGUGCAGAGGGUCUAUCUUUGAUGUUGCAGCAGGCCAAGGCGGAGGAAGCAACUGAGGUUAAAAGGUGUCUAUCUGUUUAUGAGAAUUUAUCCGGGCAGGCAGUAAAUUAUCACAAGUCAAGCAUAUGCUAUAGCAGAAAUACUAGUGAUGAGGAUAGACAAAAUGUGGCUCAGAUUUUGGGUGUGGCACAGGCACCGAAUUAUGGCAAGUAUUUGGGACUCCCCUCUUUUAUUGGAAGGCGCAAGAAAGCAGUUUUUGCGUAUGUGGAAGAUAAAAUCCGUCAAAGGAUUGGAUCAUGGAACAAAAAACUGAUAUCACAGGCAGGGAAAGAAAUUCUUUUGAAAACUGUAGCACAAUAUAUGCCUACGUUUUCAAUGAGUGUUUUCUUGUUACCUGUAUCAGUGUGUACGGCGAUAGAAAGGACGAUGAAUCGUUACUGGUGGGAUUCUGGAACUGACAGGCGAAUACACUGGAAGGCAUGGGAUAAGUUAUGUGUACCAAAGAAAUAUGGUGGGCUAGGAUUUAAAGAUUUGCGAGCGUUUAAUCUAGCAAUGCUAGGAAAGCAGGCAUGGAGAAUGUUGACUAAGCCUGACUCUCUAGUAGCACGUGUGUAUAAGGCCCGGUAUUUUCCGAAAGGAUCUUUCUUUGAUGCACAGGUGGGAAAUAAUCCCAGUUUCUGCUGGCGGAGCAUCAUGGCAGCAAAGAGUAUUAUUUGUGGUGGGGUCAGGCGCAGAAUUGGUAAUGGGGAGGCUACAUUCAUAUGGACCCAUCCUUGGCUACGAAAUGACCAUGACCCAAUGAUACAAACAGAAAUGCCAAUACAGUUGAAGGAAGCCAAGGUGGCAGGUUCGAUAGACCAGCAAACUGGUGUGUGGGAUCCCUCAAUCUUAACUGAUUUAUUUCAACCCAGUGAUGUAGCGGAAAUUAUGAAAAUACACAUCUCCCCGGAGUAUGAUGAUACUUGGUACUGGCAUGGGGAUCUAAGGGGAGAGUACACUGUUAAAAGUGGAUAUAAGCAAGUAAUGGGAAAUUAUCAACAUACUAAUGGGGUAUUUACAAAAUGGUUAUCCCUAUGGAAAUUAAAAAUCCCCCCAAAAUGGAGAAUGUUUCUAUGGAGAGCCAUUAGUGAUAUAUUGCCUACUAUUACAAACUUGUUUAUAAAAAGGGUGGAUGUGGAUCCACGAUGUGCCAUGUGUGGAUUAUCUCAAGAAGACACAAUGCAUGCUUUGGUGUUGUGUGAUUUUGCAAGGAACAUUUGGGAUAAAUCUAACCUCACAAUUCCAAAUAUAAUCACAAAUAUUUUUUAUGUUUGGUUUGAUGAACUUCUAAAUGUUCUAGACUCUGACGGGAUAUUCUAUGCAGUAGCAAUACUUUACAAUAUAUGGAGAGCAAGGAACAGGGCUGUAUGGGAAGCAACAUUACCACGGCCGGAAGUGGUCCUCAAAAUAGCCGCUGCUGCCAAGCUGGCUAGGACUCGGGCGCACCCACAGCAGCCCACGGCACCGCCCACCACGCUCCUACUAGACACGGACGGGGGAUAUGUUUCGGCAUUCAGUGGACCACUACAAGGAUGCUCCUCACCACUUAUGACAGAGGUGCUCGCAUGUAAAGAGGCUCUAUCAUGGUUGAAGGAUCGGGGUGAGCAGAAUGUUGAGGUUUAUACGGACUGCCUGACACUACAUCACUAUCUUACUACACCAACUAUUGUGCUGUGCACAUAUCUAGGCUAUGUCAUUGACACUUGCAGGCUUAUUGCAUCUUCGUUUCAGUCUUGUUCGUUUCAUUUUAUUCCUAGAGUAGAGAACCAUUUAGCUCAUGCUUUAGCUACUACGGCUUAUCAGCAAACUGCAAUUAUAAAGCUUGAAGGUGAUGAAUGCCUUCUCAAGGAGUUCAACACCAAUGGUGUGGCUGACCAUGUAUUUGUGUUCGAAGAAGAGAAAUUUUCCUGCCAUCUUGGCAGAUUUGCCGGCCAUUUCCCAGGCAGUCGAAGAGUUCACUGGUUCAUGGGGAGUGGACUGCCGGCGGUUGCGGCGUUGCAUGGUCACUUCGAGGCUGUGACUGAGCCUAGGGAAGGAUCGGGAUCAUUGCCCAUGGUUCAGAAUGUUGAUCGGAGAAAGGUAGGGAUCAUUGCCCAUUAUUGA